AUGAUUUUCAAUCCUGUCAUAUCAAAUCACAGGUUGAGCCAUUAUAUCCAUGUUUUCUGUACAUUCACGACGUUCUGCAUAUUAGGUACUGAAACACGUCAGGCUAUAACGGCGCUUUCCUCCUACACUCCGGCCUUCGUUACUGCUCCCACCGUUCUCUGGUCUAACUGUUCAUCCUGCAUACUAAUGGGGAUCAUGCAAUCUUUAAAUGCUUACACUUGGAUGAAAGAUCACCAAGUCUUGUUUUUAGGUGUAACUACUGGGUACUGUGGUGCCCUGUCUUCCUUUUCUAGUAUGCUGCUAGAAGUGUUUGAGCACUCCACAAACUUAACUAACGCUAAUAUCGCUUAUCACACAAAACUGCCAAACAGAGCUUACGGAAUAAUGGAAUUUUUAUCUGUCUUGCUCGUCCAUCUUAUGGUGUCUAUGGGUAGUCUUAUUUUUGGUAGACAGCUUGGUAAGGAAGUCAUUGUUGCUUACGGUUCUAGUGCUUUUUCUAAGCCAUAUAGCCCUCCUUCAGACACUGUAACCGCAAAUGCCGGUGAUGUUGAUACACAGGAAAUGGAAAAAAAUAUUCUUGAGUUCAAAUUCAAAACUCCAGCACCAUUUUUUAGGAAAUUCUUUGAUAUCGUGGAUAAACUCGCGUGCGCACUAGCUUUUCCACUAAUUAUUCUGUUUGUGGUUUUGUGUGCCUACUACGAGAAUUAUUCGAGGGGCAAGUGGACAUUGCCAUGUCUAUUUGGAAUUUUUGCUGGUUUUCUAAGAUAUUGGUUGGCAGAAAUGUUUAACAAAACAAACAAAAAGUUUCCAUUGGGUACGUUCUUGGCAAACAUUUUCGCCACUUUAUUGAUUGGCAUAUUUACCAUGGUGCAACGUGGUAAGAAACACUCCUUCACAGACGUUCCAAUUGUAGACUCAUUGAAUUCAUGUCAUAUUGUUUCUGCCUUAAUAUCAGGAUUUUGCGGCACUUUGAGUACCAUUAGCACGUUUAUCAAUGAAGGGUAUAAGCUAUCAUUUAUUAACAUGCUCAUUUAUUAUACUAUUUCGAUCGCAACUUCAUACUGCUUGUUGGUGAUAACUCUCGGAUCCUAUGCUUGGACUAGAGGAUUGACUCGUCCGGUUUGUUAG